GGGUAUUGGUAGAAUUCUUUCUUUAUCCUUGAAGUUCAGUAACUUCAUCAGGAUAUAUCUCGGUCUUGGUGUGAUUCUCUAUUACAUUUUCCUGUUACAUGACAUUCUCUGUUGACUUCUUGCUAUGACAGAUGUUUUCAGUCCCACUUCUCACUACUGACCUUCCUCGUACGACGGUCACUGAACUGGUGCCUUUCUGGGGUUCUGCCCAGAAGAUUAGCUUCUUCCUUCGCUGCCGCCCCCUAUGCUCCAUGAGAAACAUAAAUCAAUAAAGCCUGCAAAAGAUUGGAAUUCCAAAAAGCAAAACCUUCUCCUACAUUUCACAAAUGAAAAAUCAAAGGAUGGGGAAGAACUCAACAAAAAUCCAGUGGAAGGUUUUUCAGCAGGUUUAAUAGAUGACAAUGAUCUCUACCGAUGGGAAGUCCUUAUUAUUGGUCCUCCAGAUACACUUUAUGAAGGUGGUGUUUUUAAGGCUCAUCUCACUUUCCCAAAAGAUUAUCCCCUCCGGCCUCCUAAAAUGAAAUUCAUUACAGAAAUCUGGCAUCCAAAUGUUGAUAAAAAUGGUGAUGUAUGCAUUUCUAUUCUUCAUGAGCCUGGUGAAGAUAAAUAUGGUUAUGAAAAACCAGAGGAACGUUGGCUUCCCAUUCACACCGUGGAAACCAUCAUGAUUAGUGUUAUUUCUAUGCUGGCAGAUCCUAAUGGAGACUCACCUGCUAAUGUUGAUGCUGCGAAAGAAUGGAGGGAAGACAGAAAUGGAGAAUUCAAAAGAAAAGUUGCCCGCUGUGUAAGAAAAAGCCAAGAGACUGCUUUUGAGUGACAUUUAUUCAAUAGCUGUAAUUUUACUUAUUUCAGGGUCUCCAAUCGAGAAACAUGGCACUGUUUUUCCUGCACUCUACCCACCUAUUGCUGGACUUCUCUUGUAACAAGUUGGCAAACACUGGCUGGAACUGGGCUGCAAUAAAACAUGCCAGUAUCAAUGCUGACAAGAGCCUAACAAGUGCCAACUUACAGAUGAUUACGUAUUUUGAAUUCUAAUGAACUGUUUUAACCUUCAGGAAGAAUUGUAAAGACCUGUACAUAGCACAACAUGAUCCGGAUAAUAUAUAUACUGUUCAUGUACAUCCACAAAUACACCUUGUACCAAAUAAUGCUUUCUUGUAGUAGAAUAAGAAUCGUGUAAAUUCUAAAAGAUUUUAGCAGGUUUUCUUCCCCUACUCAUUGUUUCUUAUGUUUUAAAAGACUCUUUAAAGCAUGUCAGAUGAAAAGCAAUUAGGAUGAAAAGUUUCCAUUUAAUUUCCUUUAAACCAUUGAGGCUUCAUUAAACUCUUUCCAUUUACUAAAGUUUGUAUCUUCUUUGUUUUGACCCACUCCCCUUUGUGUUUAUCUCUUCUAUCUGCCAGAAGGUUUUCAAAUCAUUUAGUUCCAAUACUGAAAUACUAAAUAAGCAGUUACUUGAUUUUAAUGAUGACUUCGGAGGAGUGGUCAUCACUAGGUGCUUUGUCCUUUUUGUAUUCUAGUUGUACCCAUCACUUGGAUUGGAUGUAGCAAUAACAUUUUUUGGCUGUUGAGAGCUCUUGAACUGUCAUUAUUCCUAAGAACUAAAAAGAGUUGGUUCUGAAUUCAAUUUAGUGAAAUUUACCCCAAUUAUAUAAAAUUCUGAUUUGGUUUUAUUUUUGCCCUCCAGUUACCUAAUGUUAAGGUUGGAUGACUAAAGCAUGCACAGCUACAGGCUUUCUACUUAACUUCUGGGUUUGCUAUUAAAAAUGCUAUUUACCCUCAUAACCUUAGCCCUUCAUAUUUCUUUGCCUCUAUUCUUCUAUACUCAGAUUUUUCUCACUUAUUGUACAAAGAAAUUGCGAUGUAUAUUUUCAUGUAAUUUGAUUUUGGAAUUCUGUCACCUUAUGUAGUGAGUUCUUCCAAAAUAUAAUUUUUUUCCAAUAAUUGUCAAGUCGUUGGCUUUUAUUGUAUUGAAUGAAGGUUAUAAUACUGAAUGCCAGAGAAGUGCAGUUUAGAAAAAUCUCAGGUUGAUUCUUUAUGCAAACAAACUCUUAAUACUUGAAAAUCACAUAACCAUGACAGUAUAUUUAUUUGUCUCUAUCUAGAUUCUGAAGUGAAUCUCAAAGCAUUACAGAGGUGUAAAUUCUUUCUGUUUUGACAUACAGAUUCUGUCACAGUGCACUUGGAUUUUAUUACUGUUUGAGUAUAAAUAUAUUUCGUGAGUUUUCUAAAACAAUUUCAGGAAAUGGUAAAAUGAGCAUGUCCAGUGUUAAAGGGAGGUCCAGAUUCCUCUCUGGUGUGAGGUUGGGAUUGGGAAGUAGUUUUUGGCAGAUGAGGGAUAGAACUUGAGACAGUACCAGAUGGGACAUGGUAUUUGUGAGAAUUGGUGCAUCUCUGCUCUGAUGAGUUUGGAGAACUAUUUUGGCAAAAUAAUGAAAGGAUUCCUGCAAGUAGCCUAGUCCUUUAUGAACUUUGCAUGUCCUUUUUUAAGCAGAAGUAAAAUGGUUAAGGACGUAGUCACCAUAGAGAGUGAUUUUUCUAAAUCCCAGGCUGUUUUCCACUCUGAAGCAUUAUAAAAACCCAUAAAUGUGUAAUGACUGAAUGUGAAAUUUUUUAUUUUAUUCAUUGUGGCCCAAAUUUCUUUAAGAACUUUCUGACUUAUUUUUAAGACUCUUAAGAAUUGUUGCCCCUGUCAGUACUGCACACCUACCUGGGACUUUGAAUGCAAUCCCUUUACUCUUAAAUCAGAAAUUGUUCACAUGGUGGUGGUUGUGACAAAAUGAAGUCUGAAUUUUGCUAUCCUGUUGCAAAAAUUCUGCCUAGCAAUCUGUUGAGUUUAAAACCUAGUGAUUUUGGAGUGGCAAAUGACCUAGUAACUCAGGGACAACUAUUCUUGAACUUUUAAGUGCCACUUUAAUUCAGUUACUUUGGUAUAAUCAUAUGUGUUUAGUUUAGAUCUAGAGGGGAGAGCCAGAAAUGAGUGCACCUCUCCACACUCCUUUCCACCUGGUGCCCUGGCCAUGCUAUAGAUGGAAACACAGGCCUAGAUAGAUGUUUUGACUUUUCCUCUGUCAGAGGUGUCAUCUGUGCCUUUCCAAGAGUUCAUCUGACAGUGUGAAUUUAAAUGCCUCCAUAUUUGUUAAAUCACACUUGGGUGACACUGAUCCAGGUGGCUGUUGUCCCACCAGUGCCUUGCCGUUAGUGUGAGGUGAGUCCUCUCUGCUUUAGGAAAAGGAUUUUUCUCCCUAACCUUGUGCCAACUAUUGACAUCUCCAUAGUCAUGGAUUAUAGAACUGUUGGCUGCUUCCUAAAUUUAUUCUAAGUUCUUGUAAAGGCUUAUAGACUUCAGUCUAUUCAUAACAGGAUAGAUGAUGUCAGUGGCUUUUUGGCCUCUUUGUAAAGAGUUUAAAAUCCAUAUGAAGUUGGUUUUACCUUGUUAUUUAUAAGGUAAUAUCUUUGUGAGGUUAUUCCACUGGUUGUGUGAUCACUUGGGUGUCAUAGUAUUUUUUAAUGGCCUUCAUUCUUAGUUGUGAAAUUUUAUCUUACACUCACUCACCCUUUACAAAUCUGCCUAUUUGGGGUUGUGGUGCCUGUGUAUCUUUGCCCGUCUGGUCUCCAGUUGGUGGAAUUUCCUUUUGUACUGCCACUUCUCAGCAUCUUUGAAAUUUGACAUAAUGUUGCUUCAUUCCAGUUUUAGUUCUGUAAUUUGUUGAUUGUAUUUAACUGUGAGUUCUGUUUUGAUGUUUACUGUAUUGUAAAGCACCUCAAUCAUGUGAUGGGGGCUCUAUAAAUCAAUAAAUGAUGACUUAGAGGCUGUA